AUGGGUCUCGAUUUCACAAUUCUUUCGGAUCAUAUUUCUAGAUUUUGCUUCAUCUCCACAGUUCUCUUGAAUUAUUCAUUAAUCCAUCUCACCAUUUUUCAUACCAAACACAUUUCCGGAACCUAUCAAAAAAUGAUUGUAACUUUUGCUGUAAUCGGGAUCUUGUUCUCCACCCUUGAUAUUCUUGUGAGACCACUAUUUCACUCCUACAAUGGAUGUUUUAUUUAUUUCACUCUGGGCGGCACUUUCAGAGAAUCGAAGCAAGCAGCAGAACUUGGACUCUUAAUAUAUUGUGGUUUUUACUCCAUGAUUCUGGCUUUCUUGGCAGUCCAAUUCUUAUACAGAGCUUGUGUGAUUUCAAACCCUGACUGGGGGAAGCAGUUCGAAGGAUGGAAAUACAGUCUUUGGCUGGUUUACACUCUCAUAGGAGGUGUGAUUUGGGCGUACGCUUCUAAUAUCACACACCCAGAUGACGUCACUCUGGAAUAUAUGAGAGACGAAGUCCUUCAAAUAUAUGGGGUUGAAAUCAAAAGUGUUCCUCAUUUUGCAGUUCUAGCAUAUGUUAACUAUGAAGGCGAGUCGAAAACCAUCCGUUGGAACAGUGUCCAAUGCAUCGGCACGGUUUCUGUGCUCAUGACUCUACAGUAUUCCAUAAUUCUUAUUUGUGGAGUUGUAAUGUAUCGGAGAACUCAAGGAAAACUCUUAUCAACGUCUUCUCGUUACGAAAAGAUGCAGAAACAGUUCUUCAUCGCAUUGAUUUAUCAGAUUGCGGCUCCAACAAUUUUCUUCCAACUUCCCGGUUUCUUUGUACUGACCUCCCCAUUUUACGACAUGAAAAUCAGUUUUCGAUCGGGAAUUGUAGUUUGCUUUUUCAGUGUUUAUCCACUUGUAGACACACUGAUAGUUCUCAAAGUCAUCACAGAAUACAAACAUGCAUACAAACGUGGGUGA